CGGAUUCCACAUCUCCACCCCCAACCGUGAUACAAAAGGCGUUACACCAAACACUUUUCGCCCCUUCUUCAUCUCCUUCCCCAGUACAUUUAUUUGUGGACUCUCUCCAAACCCUAAGAGAGAGAAAGAGAAAGAGAAGGAGAAACCCCAGAGAGAGAGAGAGAGAGAGGGAGGUGGAGAUGGUGGCGAUCGCGGAUCUGUGGGAGACGCUGAAGCAGGCGAUCGUCGCCUACACGGGCCUCUCCCCGGCGGCGUUCUUCACGGCGGUGGCGGUCGCCGCGGCGCUCUACCACGUGGUGGCGGGGCUCUUCGCGGCGGCGGCGCCGCCGCCGCAGCAGAGGAAGAGGGACGCGGAGUUCGAGGCCGUGGAGCCCCUCCCGCCUCCCGUGCAGCUCGGGGAGGUCACGGAGGAGGAGCUCAGGGCCUUCGAUGGCUCCGAUUCCAAGAAGCCCCUCCUCAUGGCCAUCAAGGGCCAGAUCUACGACGUCUCGCAGAGCAGGAUGUUUUAUGGACCGGGCGGCCCGUAUGCACUAUUUGCUGGUAGAGACGCUAGUAGAGCACUGGCCAAGAUGUCCUUCGAACAAAAGGAUUUGACAGGCGAUAUCUCCGGCCUCGGACCCUUUGAGCUGGAGGCCUUGCAGGACUGGGAGUACAAAUUUAUGAGCAAAUAUGUGAAGGUCGGGACUAUUAAGAAAACCGUACCUGACACAGAAAACCACCAAGGAGAUUCCACAUCAGGAGAAAACGAAGGUGAGGUUAAUGAAGGUGAGGUUAACGAGGUUAUCGAUGAGGCCACCAAAGAUGAGGGCUCCAAAGAGUAAGUUCGCCGAUGGGCAUCACUAUUUAGACGGUCCGCGUUCCAUUUCUCCAAUUAUGCCUGAGACUCCCAUGCUAUUUAUUCCGUAAGUAGCUUUUAUUUGUACACAGAUAUUCAUAUAAGGUGUGUAAUGUCCGAAGAGACUUGUGCUCCCCUUAGUAGAUAACAGCUGCUGGAUUUUCCCUGUUAAGGGUAUAUGACAGUUCAUGCUGCUGUUAGGGUGAUAGAUUGUAAUAAGAAGUGCUUGGUGAUGUUUGAGGGUUGUUUUACUUUCAUCACUUAAGGCUGCUUUGCUUUUGCCUUUGCUUUUGUAACUGCGCUUGAAAGGAUAUCUACACGACUUGCUUGCGCAGAAUCGCAGCCAAAAUUGUUGGCCUUUCCCUUCUAUUGAUGCCGAUCUGUUUUGUUGCGUGGACAUUCAA